AUGGCCGGCCCUUCAAGGCCACCAUCCACUCUCCCGACCACCACAAGGAGGUCGGGUUUGCGCCAACCAAUACGACGAGCCGGUUCGGCUGCGCCAGAAAGACAUGCGACACCUACAGCACCAACACCAUCAGUGAGAUCGUCCGCGGUCAGCGCUGCCCGCCCACCGAGAAGCCCUGAAAAGUCAAAUGCGCCGGCCAAGAGAAAGGAGAGAGAAUUUGAGCGGGAAAUCAACGAGGAUACCAGCAUUCAUGUUGUGGUUCGUUGUCGCGGUCGCAGCGAUCGCGAAAUAAAAGAUAAUAAUGGUGUUGUGCUAUCAACUCCAGAGGGUGUAAAAGGAAAGACACUCGAUCUGUCGAUGGGACCAAACGCAGUGUCAAACAAGACAUUUGCUUUCGACAAAGUCUUCUCCCCAGCCGCCGACCAGACCACUGUUUAUGAAGAUGUGGUGCUUCCGGUUGUCAACGAGAUGCUGGCAGGUUACAAUUGCACAAUUUUCGCAUACGGACAGACCGGAACAGGAAAAACGUACACCAUGUCAGGAGACAUGAACGACACACUUGGUAUCUUAUCCGAUGAUGCAGGUAUCAUUCCGCGCACACUUUACUCUUUGUUCCACAAACUCGAGGACACUGAAAGCACUGUGAAAUGCUCCUUCAUCGAAUUAUAUAACGAGGAGUUGCGUGACUUGCUAUCAUACGACGAUAGUACAAAACUCAAGAUUUUCGAGAACGAAAAGAAAGGGGGACACAGCACAAUGGUCCAAGGCAUGGAGGAGACCUACAUCGACUCUGCCUCCUCUGGCAUCAGAUUAUUGCAAUCUGGCAGCCACAAACGCCAGGUCGCCGCAACGAAAUGUAACGAUUUGAGUUCCCGGAGUCAUACAGUGUUUACCAUCACAGUUCUCACCAAGCGCACCACCGACUCUGGCGAGGACUAUGUUAGCUCAGGAAAGUUGAACCUGGUUGAUUUGGCUGGAAGCGAAAACAUCGGACGAAGUGGCGCAGAGAACAAACGGGCGACCGAAGCUGGUCUCAUCAACAAGAGUCUGCUCACUCUUGGCAGAGUGAUCAAUGCCCUGGUCGACAAGAGCUCGCACAUCCCAUACCGAGAGUCAAAACUUACCAGACUCCUGCAAGAUUCACUCGGAGGACGAACAAAAACAUGCAUCAUCGCCACUGUCUCGCCUGCCCGCAACAACCUCGAAGAAACCAUCUCUACUCUCGACUAUGCCUUCCGAGCCAAGAACAUUCGCAAUAAACCCCAGAUCAACUCCAUCAUCUCCAAGAAUAAGCUUCUGCGAGAUAUCGGAAUGGAAAUCGAGAAGCUCAAGAGCGAGCUCAUUGCCACACGGCACCGAAAUGGCGUAUACAUGACACCUGAUGCGUUCGAACAGAUGACAGUAGAAAGUGAAUCACGACGAAUUGUAAACGAAGAACAGCGUGCGAAGAUCGAGUCUAUGGAAUCCAGCCUCCGACACAAGGCCCAAGAGCUGCUCACUAUCACGGGCAACUUCAACUCGCUGAAGCAUGACAACGAAGAGACACAGUCCAAGCUCAACGAAACGCAAGACAUUCUUAACGAGACCGACAGAUAUUGGAAGGAUUGUCAAGAACAGCUGGACGAGGAGAAGACUGUGCGGAAAGCCCAUCAACAGACAGAGAAGCAACUUCGCAGCAUUGGUGCGGGACUGGUGUCCACUCUGAAUGGCACGAUUCAAGAUGUGAAUGGAUUGCAUGCGAAAAUUGAUCGCAAGGACAACCUGGAAACAGACAAUCGACAGACUUGGCUGACUUCCAACGGUGAAAUCUCAGAUAUUACACAGCAGAUUGAUGCUCGCAUGGAGGUUUUCCAGACGCAGCAUGCCAAGCUUCUAGAGGACAUGUCAGGCAAGAUUCAUCAAUUUGUGGACACUGAAUUGAGCACCGUGCAGUCUGCUAGCUCUCAACUCCAGACUCUUGGUACCUCUUUUGACAAGGUUGAGGCAGAGGCAAAGAACAACACCUCCAAUGCUCACAACGAGAUGAAUGAGGUUCUUGAGGAGAUCAAGGUCCUGCGGGAAGAUGUCAAGACUAAGGUUGGCGAAGGCUUGAAUGGCUUGUCCGCGGCGGCUGCUCGAAUCUCCAAGGAGGUUAUUGGCGAGUUCUCUGAGUUCCAUACCCAGCUUCACAUAUCAUACAGCAGCCUUGGCAAGGACUUCAAGUCCAUGUUUGAGAACGUGGCUAAGCACCUGGAUGAGCAAAAGGCCGAGGUCAACAGACUACGAGUUGAGCUGCAGGCAGCCAACCGCCAGACUGUGGAGGCCAAUAGAAAGGCUUCGUCCAACCUUGCUCAGGUUUUGGAGGAGGAGCAUGCCAGUGCACAAGCCGAGCGUGACACCUUGAUGUCUCAUAUCCGGGGACUCCUCGAGGAUUCCAACCAGCGACAGAACAACCGCCUUAAAAGCAAAUUCGAUACACUCCGCACAGAUAUCUCGGCUUCGGGAGACUCGCUUGAGCAGGCCACUGCGCAGCAUGAUAGACACAUUGACGAAUGGAUCUUCAGAGAGGAGCAGUUCGCCAAGGACGUUUCUGCAUCUAAGGAUGAGAUCAAAACGAGGAUGCAGAAUGAUUGGGAGGCAUUCGACCAACGCAAUGCCUCGAUUCAUCGAGCAACAGAGUCUGUCCACCAGGAAACGGUCCGCAUCGUGGAUGCCCAGAUGAGCGAUAUGGGCACUCAAAUGGAAGCAUUGGAUGACUUUGUUGCCAAAGCACGCUCACAGAAUGGCCGUUUCCACGAAUCCCACAUCGGCAGUCUGAAUACCAUGGCCGAGAAUGUUCGCGAGUCCCGUUCGACUGCCCAAAGACAACUGGACGGGUUCACUCAGCGUAUUGGUCAACUUAGAGAGGAUGUCGAUAUCGAUACCGAGAACCUGGAGCAGUCUACCGCCCCUCUACAAGGGGAAGUCCGCCAACCACUUUCAGAGAUGCGCUCAUAUAUCCAAGGCCGCGUUAUGAAAGAGUAUGUGCCUACAGGUGUAACGCCCCAGAAACGACGCUACGAAUAUCCCUCGGUAAUGCCCCAAACCGAAUCCCAUGACGGCCUCCGCUCUCGACACCGGACCUCCAAGCAAUUCACCGCUCUCCCCUUCAACGAAGAAGAGGAUCGCAAAUCCCCCGGUACUUCCCCUGAACCAUCCCCAUCCAAAACGUUUGUGUAUCACGAUACUGCGGGACAGGUAGGGACCCACCCUGUUCCCUCAUCCGCAGCCCUUUCUUCCAACACUGGCCUUAGGGAAGUCGAUCUAAACGUCGCCAGACCGGUCGCAUGUGACGAAGACGCCGGUGUGGCUAUCAGCAAGCCUGAGACACCUGCGUUGAACGGAUCCGUGGACCUGGACGAGACCCCCGAAAAGGAAGAGCCGGAACAACCUGCUCGCAAGCGUCGCCGCUCAAACUCCAAUAUGGUUGAGAGUAAAGUUCCGCAGAAGAUGCCAAAGAAGAUAUCUAAUAUGAUGGAGGGUCGCGAGAAUCAGAUCCCUGCAGGCCGGAGAUUUAGAAACUGA